GUGGAGGAGACCAUGCUGAAAAGGGAGAUGAAGCCAGAAAGUGACAGGCCACGGAGAGUCCGGUUUCGGAUCGCAUCAUCUCACAGUGGACGAGUUCUGAAGGAGGUUUAUGAUGAUGGGCAACCAUCCGGCUCUCUGGAUUCUGAAUGUGCCAGUAUUUGUGGGAUAGAUGGACUAAGUGAUUCUGAUGGACAGCAAAAUGGCCACAUUGGAUCGGAAGGCGACGAUCAAGAGAAUGAUCAGGAUAACUUGCUGGUGCUGGCAAGGGCUGCCAGUGAGAAGGGUUUUGGUACAAGAAGAGUCAACAUUUUAAGCAAAAAUGGCACAGUGAGAGGCGUCAAAUACAAAGUGAGUGCUGGCCAAGCUCUAUUUAACAAUUUGACCAAAGUAUUACAGCAACCAUCAACUGACCUAGAAUUUGACCGCGUAGUGAUUUAUACCACUUGUCUUCGAGUGGUGAGGACAACCUUCGAGAGAUGUGAACUGGUUAGAAAGAUCUUCCAAAACCAUCGAGUAAAAUUUGAAGAGAAAAACAUAGCUCUGAAUGGUGAAUAUGGAAAAGAGUUAGAUGAAAGGUGCCGGCGAGUUUCCGAAGCUCCAUCCCUCCCUGUGGUGUUCAUUGAUGGCAAUUAUCUCGGGGGUGCUGAGAAAAUUUUGUCAAUGAAUGAAUCAGGAGAACUGCAAGAUCUCUUAACCAAAAUCGAGAGAGUGCAGCAUCCACAUGAGUGUGGCUCCUGUGGAGGCUUCGGUUUUCUUCCAUGCUCCGUGUGCCAUGGGAGCAAGAUGUCAGUAUUUCGAAAUUGCUUUACAGACUCUUUCAAAGCCCUGAAGUGUACAGCUUGCAACGAGAAUGGUCUUCAGCGUUGUAAGAAUUGUGCUGCUUAGUGUGAGCUUCUGCCCAGGGAAAGACGACUCAUUUUAGUAACUGAAAGUCAUCAUUUGAUUUAUAUUUUUUUUUAAAGAAAGCCAUGUUUUUGGAUUAAUCAAUAAAGUUUGUAUAUUA